CGUGCCCGCGAGAAGCUGGCCCGUGUGGAGGCCGAGCGGGCAGCGCUGGAGGUGAAGCUGAAGCAUGCCCGAAACCAGGUAGAGGUGGAGAUGAAGAAGCGGCACCGGGCAGAGGCUGAGCUGGAGAAGCAGGAGCGCAAACUUCAGCUGGUCUUUGAGUCUCUGAUGCGGGAGCCAUGGGGCAAUGAAAUGCUGAGCAGGAACCAGUGCUCUGUUCUCAGCGCCCUGGCCGGCCGGCGCCUCGGGGCGACCCUGGCACCGGGCAGGAGGUCAUCUGCAGUGGACGAGUCGUGCCAGUCCCUCUUGUCCCACUCAGAUAUCAGCUAUGACCGCACCGAGGACGAUGUGGAUGUUGAUAUGACGGUGGUGCGGACCCUGAAGCGCAAAGCCCCGGAGAGGCAGCAUGUGUCCCUGGCCCCUCAGAUUGGCCCUGUUGUGAUGGCAAAGAGGCACCGUUCUUCUGUGGUACCCCAUAAUGCUGCAAGUGUCCCCUCUAUGCCCCCUCCUGCUGAGGUCCCAGGCCCUGCUGGAAGCCUCCUGCCCACUGCUUUGGUCCCACGCCGCCGAUCUUGCCAGGGACAUCGUGUCUCCAUGCGUGCAGAGCUGACCACGGCGUGCAGCACCAGUGAAGCUCAUGGCUGCCGUGCCCCGGGGCAGGAGAGCCACACUGAGGGUAGCUCAGAGGGGCAGCCAGCACCAGCCCCCUUCCCCUCACCUCCACAGAGCCUCCCAACAGUCCAGCACCAGUUCACAUCCAAAACGGUGAUCCGCCCUGAGCCAUGUGGUGUCUGUGGCUCCCGCAUCCGCUUUGGGAAGACUGCCAUCAAGUGCUGUCAGUGCCAGCUGCUGCUGCACACCAAGUGUCGGGAGCAGUGCCCCAGCCCUUGUGCACCCCGGCCUCGCCACCACACCUGGCCCCGUGAGGGUGUGCUGGCUGACUUUGCCCCCUCCACGAGGCCCCUGGUGCCCUUGCUGGUGGUUCAGUGUGUGACCGAGGUGGAGACUCGAGGCUUGACAGAGACAGGGCUGUACCGGGUGCCGGGUGCGGAGCAGCUGGUGCGGGAGUGGAAGAGGAGGCUGCUGCGGGCUGGGGGUGCGCUGCCCACCCUCAGCAGCGUGACUGACAUCCACGUGGUGUGUGGUGUGCUCAAGGACUUUCUGCGGGGCCUCAAGGAACCACUGGUUACCUUCAGCCUCCACCCUGCCUUCCUGAGUGCUGCUGACAUCCUCGAUGAUGCUGCCUGUGACACAGCCCUGCGGCACGUGGUGAGCAAGCUGCCCCCAGCCAACAGGGACACCCUGGCCUUUCUCAUGCUGCACCUGCUCAAGGUAUCACGCAGCCCCGACUGCAAGAUGGACGUGCUCAACCUGUCCCGUGUGUUUGGCCCUACACUGGUAGGACACAGCUCAGCCAACCCCACACCACUCGCCAUCAUGGAGGACACACCGCGGCAGUGCAAGGUGGUGGCUCGUCUCCUCUCGCUGCCACCUGACUUCUGGAGAGGCUUUGUGGGGACAGAGCAGGAGAACCUUGUGCCGAUGCCAGCCCCAGGGGGUGAACGUGAGCUGUUCUUCCACCCCAUUGUCUCUCCGGAACCCAAGCCAGGCCAGCUGAGCCCAGCUGGUACCUGCUGCCUCCCCAGCACCUUGCGGAGCUGCGUGGGCACGGCCACCCGGCCCCCGCAGGGGCCGGCCCCGAGGAAGGUAGGCCGGUUCUUCCCUUCUCCGGUGUAG